UACAGGGUGUCGCGCGAUCCAUUCCGGAAGUAGGCGCUGCGACUUUCGCUUCCUCGGCGGAAGCGUGUCAGACAAUUAGCGGAAGUUCGUCACGUCGCGGUUGCCCCUGCAACAGCGGAUGUGUGUCGCCGCUUCGGUGACGCUGGGAGGUGCUUGCAGCCUCUGCUGCUGCCUUUUGGUUGAAGCACUAUGGAGGAAGAGAGGAAGAAUAAUAACAAACGGUGGUAUUUUACUCGAGAACAGCUGGAAAAUAGCCCAUCCCGUCGUUUUGGCCUGGACCCAGAUAAAGAACUUUCUUACCGCCAGCAGGCGGCAAAUCUACUGCAGGACAUGGGACAACGUCUAAACGUCUCACAAUUGACUAUCAACACUGCUAUAGUAUAUAUGCAUCGAUUCUACAUGAUUCAGUCUUUCACACAGUUUCACCGAAAUUCUGUGGCUCCAGCAGCCUUAUUUCUAGCUGCUAAAGUGGAAGAACAGCCAAAAAAAUUGGAACAUGUCAUCAAGGUAGCUCAUACUUGUCUUCAUCCACAGGAAUCACUUCCUGACACCAGGAGUGAGGCUUACCUGCAACAAGUUCAAGAUCUGGUGAUUUUAGAAAGCAUAAUUUUGCAGACUUUGGGAUUUGAACUAACAAUCGAUCACCCACAUACACAUGUGGUAAAGUGCACCCAACUUGUUCGAGCAAGCAAGGACUUAGCACAGACGUCUUAUUUCAUGGCAACCAACAGCCUGCAUUUGACCACAUUUAGCCUGCAGUACACACCUCCUGUAGUGGCCUGUGUCUGCAUCCAUCUGGCUUGCAAGUGGUCCAACUGGGAGAUCCCAGUCUCAACUGAUGGAAAGCACUGGUGGGAAUAUGUUGACGCCACUGUGACCUUGGAACUUUUAGAUGAACUGACACAUGAAUUUCUACAGAUUCUGGAGAAGACUCCCAACAGGCUCAAACGCAUUUGGAAUUGGAGGGCAUGCCAGCCUGCCAAGAAAACAAAAGCAGAUGACCGAGGAGCAGAUGAAAAUACUUCUGAGCAGACAAUCCUCAAUAUGAUCUCCCAGAGCUCUUCAGACUCAACUAUUGCAGGUUUAAUGAGCAUGUCAACUACUUCUACUACAAGUGCAGUGCCUUCCCUUCCAGUCUCUGGAGAGUCAUCAAGCAACUUAUCCAGUGUGGAGAUAUUGCAGGGCGAGCGUUGGCUGUCCUCUCAACCUUUUAAACUAGAACCUGCUCAGGGUCAUCGGACUAGUGAGAAUUUAGCACUUAUGGGGAUGGAUCAUUCCUUGAAACAAGAUGCCUCAAAUGCAUUUAUUUCCCAGAAGCAGAGUAAUAAGAGUGUGCCAUCAGCUAAAGUGUCAUUGAAAGAAUACCGUGCAAAGCACGCAGAAGAGCUGGCAGCCCAGAAGAGGCAACUGGAAAACAUGGAAGCUAAUGUGAAGUCACAGUAUGCAUAUGCUGCCCAGAAUCUUCUGUCUCACCAUGAUAGCCAUUCUUCAGUCAUUCUUAAAAUGCCAAUAAAGGGUACAGAAAACCCUGAACAUCCUUUUCUGGAAAAGAGUGACAAAACAGCUCUCAAAAUGAGACUCCCAGUGGUUGGUGGGGAUAAAGCUCCUUCUUCAAAACCAGAGGAGAUAAAAAUGCGCAUUAAGGUCCACACUCCAGCUGAUAAGCACAAUUCUGUAGAGGACAGUGUCACAAAGAGCAGAGAGCACAGAGAAAAGCACAAGAUUCACCCUUCCAAUCAUCAUCAUCAUAAUCACCAUUCACACAAGCACUCUCACUCACAGCUUCCAGCUGGUACUGCGAACAAACGUCCAGGUGAUCCAAAACAUAGCAGCAGCCAGGCAAGCACCUUAGCACACAAAACCUAUAGCUUGUCUAGUUCUUUCUCCUCCUCCAGUUCUACUCGUAAAAGGGGCCCCCCUGAAGAGACUGGAGGGGCAGUAUUUGAUCAUCCAGCCAAGAUUGCCAAGAGUACUAAAUCCUCUUUAAAUUACUCUUUCCCUCUUCCUACAAUGGCCCAGUUGCCUGGGCAUAGCUCAGAUACAAGUGGCCUUCCCUUUUCACAGCCCAGCUGUAAAACUCGGGUUUCUCACAUGAAACUGGAUAAAGGCCCCACUGGGGCCAAUGGUCACAACACAGCCCAGUCUAUAGACUAUCAAGAUACUGUGAAUAUGCUUCACUCCCUGCUCAGUGCCCAAGGUGUCCAGCCCACUCAGCCUCCUGCAUUUGAAUUUGUUCAGUCAUACAGUGAAUAUCUGAAUCCACGGGCUAGUGGAAUCUCCUCCAGAUCUGGCAAUACAGACAAACCCCGGCCACCACCUCUACCAUCAGAACCUCCUCCACCACUUCCACCUCUUCCUAAGUAGAAAAGAAAAAGAAGGAAAAAAAACUUCUCUAAAAACCACAUUUUUUUUUUGACUACUGAUAGUGGACUCGAAUUACUUCCCUUAUGAAAUAUAUCACCUUUCUUGGACUAGAGAAUAAAUUGAUACUGAAACAUAGGUGGGAGGGUGGUGGAGAGCCUUGGUUAUUAAGUGCUGCCUCAUACAUUUAACUAUUUUAUUUGUUUUUACUGGCGUUAGAAAGGUGGGAAUGUGUUGAAACUGUGAAGGAUUAAGAACACUUUCUCUAUUCUUGGCCUCUCCACCUCCUGAUUAGGUUGAUUGGAAUAGUUACCUUCCCUCUUCUUGCAAGAACUGAAACAUGGGGGGUUUAUCAGAGAAUUGUGGAUUCUUUUGAUGUUUAAUAUAUCAGAAGAGAGGAAGUAUUUAAACGUCAAAAUCUUUUAAGAGACUUUAAAAAAAUAACUUAAUGAAAGUAAGUUAUCUGUUUAGGUUUUUUUAUAUAAUUGGGAAGGGGAUAGGGAUUUUGCUGUGUGUAUGAGGUACAUAGCAGUGACUCCUGGUGGGUGGGACAGAGGGUGGGAAUGCGUGCAGGGUGGGUGGGAGGGUAGGCUUCUGGCUGAGAGUUCUGAAGUAGGCUCAGGACAUUUGAAGUGUUGAGACCUUAAGAGCGUAUGUAAGCGUGAAUGUGUUUUUAAGAUGUGUUUAAAAAUCAUAUUUUAUCUCCCAUCCCCACCUCAUUCUUUAGUAUUUUUACUUUCCAACAGCCUGCUAGUGAGAAUAUGGUUGGUCUUGAGAACAUGAAGGAGGAGGCAUGUAUUUGACAUGGAAAUUCUCUCUUUCUUUGUAUGUAAUUGAAUGGUAGCCCUCCAAUUUUUAGUUUGGACAGGUGCAGCCAAUGACCUGGCUAUUAAUUCCAUUAUGAGAACUGCCGUUUUACCCUUUUUCAUUUUAGUGCAAGAGGGAGGUGGAGUUAGGGAAGAAGAAUUAAAAGAACAAGGUCAGCUUCUGCCCUACAAAAUUGGGUGGAUCUUUUCUAGUUAGGCAUUGGGAAAGUGUUCAAAUGUGAGCAGUCCUGGGUCAUUGAAGGGAAGGGGGAUGUGCUAUAUACAUCCUGCCUAUGAAACCUCAUACCAUACAUGACAAUAGUUCUGGGAGAAGCCAAGGAGCUAGGGGAUUCAGAAAACAAUGAAAUUGUGAUUUGGAAUUCUUAGUACAUUGUAUUUUAAAUUACAUUAUGAAUUUAAGCCUUGCUUUUUAUUUGUGUAUCUGAAGGCAAACAAUUGCAUCUGUGUUUGUGGCCUAUAUAACUUCAAAGAUCUGAGUUCAUGAAUUUAAGAGUACUGGUGCUGGGAGUGAUCAAGCCUAGCCAAUGGAUACUGUAAUGUUUAGACUGUCCUCCACUGGUGGCUUUAGAGUCUAAACAGAGAUUCUUAAGGAGAUUACUAAGAGUUCUUUAAAAAAAAAAAAAAAAAAGAUCAAGAGCCCUGUUAUGGGAGCUCAUCCCUGACAUUAGAAGUAAACAUUUUUGAUGAGGGAGGAAAGCUUUCAGGAAACCUUGGCUAGAAAGAAUUCUAAGCCAAGUUGACUGAAAGUGCCACCUAGCCACAGAGCAUUUGAUGUUUGUGUGUGUGUGUGUGUGCGCUUUUGUGUGUGUGUGCGUGUGCGUGUGCGCACAUGCAAUAGAAAAGAUAGUGCAAUUUGAAUUUGUCUUGUUUCGAAUGCAGCUUCUAUCACGCCAAAUAGUCUUUAGGGAGAAGUUGAAUUCUUUUCAUUGGAAAUUCUAGGGAGAUAGAAAGUACUUGUGCUACUACUUGCCAGGAACAGUUUUGGGGAAAAAACUGAACAGUUUGGGGGAAAAAAGUAGCAGUUACUAUUGAUGUAUUGACCUAAUAUAAUAUAGGAAGGAAUUUGUGAAAAAGGACUAAACUUUAACUGAAGGUGAGCUAGUGCACUGCCUCUCUGCAUAUUUGGGUAUGUGGAGUGCCUACCAUUGCCGGGUAGAAUAAGAGGCUCUCUGCUGACCAAUAAAUCUGUGAUACAUCUUGAAUGUCAUUUAACUUUUCAAGAUGACAUUUCCCUCUUGAUAGUUUCUGUUUUGUUCCAGCUAACUGGUGGAUGUGUGGUUAUGUUUACUAAAUUUAGGCUUUGUAUUUGUUUAGAUUUUGUUUGAUAGUGUCUGUUUCCCAUCCUUCACAAAAGAGAAUAUGCCAUUUUUUUUGCAUUUAUACCUUUGUGUAAUUGAGAUCACUGGCUUGAUUGUGAAAAUGUCUCUUCUGGCUUUUAAUUAUUCUCAUCAGUGUCACAUUUUCUAAUCACAUGCACCUAUACCACAGAGGCACAUAGCCACUUGAUGUCAUAGCGGUUCUCCAUGUUCUUCCUUAGAACUUGUCAGGAAUGAAUGAGGAAAAAGUGUUUACUAAAAAACAGUAUGCAGCCUAAGCUGCUUUAUGUUGUGAAGUCUAGUCUUUGCACUAGUUGAUCAUUGUGGAUCUAUGCAUGUCAUGAACCUGCUUACGUGCUCUGUCUGAGGUGCUGCAUUCAUUAUCUUUGGGUUAGCAGAUGUACCUGUCAGCUACCAUGUGUUGUGUCCAAAUUCUAUAAACUUAAUAAGAUUUCUGAGGGUUGUGUGAUUUCUACGUUGUGUCUUUUCUACCUUCAUACCUUCAAGAGUGACAAAUGGGGUUUAUAUAUACAAAGUCUAAUGAAGAUGGCUUUUUUUCUUUUAAUUUUGACUGUCAAGGAUGAGUGAUGAUGGUAAGUUUUGUAAAUGUCAUUCCUCAAAUUUUGCUUGACUCUCAUGUGGGCAGAAACAAAUACCCGUGGAUUGUCCUUAGGGCUUUUAAUCAGAUAUUUGUGUUGCUGUUGGCUGAGCUCUAGCGAAGCAUUAAUCUAAAUCCAAUGUGAUUUUUGAGAUAUCAGUUAUACUUCUUGGCUUUAGAAAAUGCUUAGGUAUUAGUCUAGUCUUCUCACUCUUGAAUCAAUGUAUUUCCAUGUCUUUUAAAUGAAAAAGCAUUAGUGGUUUGAUUUAGCGUAUCCUACAUAGUUCUGUAUUGGCUGAACUGAUGUUGAUAGAAAGAAUUUAGGAUCUCCAGUUUCAAACAGCGGUGGAUUUGGAUAUAGCAAUAAAAUCACGGUAAUAAUCCUGCUGGGUUUCCUUAAGCCUCUGCUACCUAAUUCUUCAUAUUGAAAAUGCAUACACCACUCAUACCUUGCUUCUGGACAAACAAUUUGAGGGGCCCUAUGCUAGCAUGGUUGGGUUUUAAACAUCUGUGUUUCCUUUAUUUUGGGAACUAUUUUUUAAAAAUAUUUUGUUGACAGAUUAUUUUGGUACUAAUACUAGGAAAGGGGAGAAGCUAGAACAUCUUAAAGUUGGAAUACAAAUUUUAGUCUCUUGAGUUUGGGACAAUUUAAGUGGUCUGUGAAGUCCAUCAGAUGGUGAGAAAUAACCCAUGGUUCUGAUGAGUUUUGGCUUCUGAUGGUUUCUAAUGUUGUACCACACUGUCAAGUUUUAUUUUUUAAUCCCUCUGUGGAUGUGAGUUUGAAACAAGCAUGGUACUAUAAUCUUACCUGACAGAGUGGUCUGGAUCAGAAUUAUUUUUUAAGUGGGAGAGUGCUCCAUUUUAAUGUUUCUAAUGUUUUUAAUAUGAUCUUGGCAUUGGGAGGGAAGUGAAAGAAUAAUGUUUACUAAAAAGCAGUGUCUACUCUUCCCCUUUAUGAGGGUGUUCAUGGUUGAAUGAAGAGACUUGGUUUUGUGUUGCCACGGUAAGCUUGGAGAGGGAUGCUUGACAGCAUGCUAAUUGAAGCCAGAGCAAGUAUAUCUCCAUUAGGUAACUGGGAACUCUUCAGUGAACUGAUCAGUCGUUGAUCAUAAUGGGAUUGGUUGUAAGUAGACAUGCUGUCUAGCUUAAGCACCCAAAGAAUGCAGCCGCCUAGUUUAGGGUUAACCUAGGUUUCUGUGUGUACUUCACACACUUAAAACUCCAUUUUCGUAUUAGACCAAAGAGCAAAAAGGAAAAACAAAAAGUCAAACACUUUACAAGUUUAUGUCACUCAGGUACAAUUUUGUGGUAAGAUUUUCGUCUGUUUCUUUGUAUUGUUUUUGAGAGUCCUUUCUCAGCAUAUUCUGCAGAUGCCUCUGUUCUCCUUGGGGCACCUCAGUUUUGGAUGCUACUCUUGAGAUCUCUCCUGCUGUUACUGUUAUAUGAAUGAUAGGAUGUAAGUGACCAUUAUCAUAAGGGCUCUUUGUAAAAAAUUCAAAAAAAUUUUUUAAAAAUUUGAAAGAUGUGUGCAUUUUAUAGUCUGGCUCUCAGUUUGAUAUCUUGCUGUCAGGUAUGUUUCUCAAUCUGUAUUAUCCAUCCCAUCAAUAAAUGUUAACAGUAAAACAUUCA